AUGACUAGAUUACAACCAAAUGGCAGUACGCGGCUUUGUAAUUAUGUCGCAUCGUAUUGUCGACACUAUGACAUUGUUAAACUAUUGCUGGGAAAAGGUGCGUCGACAUCAAUCAAAAAUCGAUACGGCAAUAUUUCAUUUGAAGAAGGAAAUACCAUGGACAUGGUUGAAUGGAUCCGGAUUGGAAAACACAUUGAUCAAGAAGCAACAAUAAUCCGAAAAAUGUUGAAAUCUUAUGCUGGUCAGAAUAUAACGAGAGAAAAUCGAAUUCUGGUGAAAAUGAUCGAUUUAGGUGAUUACGAACAUAUUGAAAAGAUUCGAUUGUAUUUUGAUGAAGCCAAUGAAAAAAAAUGA